AAGGAGGCUUUGGCCCAACAAAAAUGAAGGAUUUGGGAAGGGUUUUAGUCCUUGUGCUUCCACUGGUUCUAAAUCUAAAAACCGAUACAAAGAUCAAAACCGGAGAAACCUUCGAAAGCAAAAUAUAAAAGAACAGAAAACAUGGGCAAAGAAGGUGAGCUAUGGGACGACUCCGCCCUUAUCGACGCCUUCGACAACGCCAUGUCCAAAUACAAGAGGAUGCAUGGCAUGAAAAACAGUGAGACCAAUGUCUCUGUUGGUGUUGAUCAAACUGCUGAUGAGGCUGUAAAACAUGGGGAUGAAGAAGAGAACAGCAAUGCUACAUCAAAUACUGGAACAGAAACGGAUGAGGCAAAGGAUCUUCAGCUGGUUAAAGAAAAUCAUACUGUACAUUUACAGAUACCUGAACCUUAUAUAGAUUCAUCAACUAGUCUGCCUAUGCCGGAUAAUCAAGAUGGAAAUAAAGGCUAUUCAUAUUUGCAAGGUGGACAAGACUAUAACCAAUUACUCAGCCAAUAUUAUGAGGUUGAAGACAAGAGACAAAAGAUCCUGCAGCAUCUUCAGCAAUUUGGUAGCUGGAAUUACCAAUGUUCUGCUGAGGGUUCUAGCGCAGCUGGACAAUGGGGUACCUCCUGUGCUUCUCAGGAAUAUCAGAAUCUGAUUCCUACAAGUCAAGCUUCACACUCCACUGUCAUGUGUUCGUGUUGCCCAUAUAUGUAUCAAUCUGUGGUGACUCCAUGUACAUCAUAUCCUUGCUGUUCUUUGGUUGGGACAUGUGUUAAUAAUACUAGCACUGAACCAAAUGGUGCAAUGGCUCACGGAAACUUACCAAUGGUAAUAGACUCUGACAUUGUUAAAACAGCUAUGGGAGCUGCAGAAAAAGCAAUAUCCUCUAUGACAGCAAAAGCUUCUAUUAAUCCUAAUAUAAAUGAAGAGAAUAAGGAGAAGAAAGAUGGCGAAGGGGAAAUGAGUCAAACUACUAGCUGUGAAACUGAUCUCACUGUCCUUUUAAAUGCAUGGUAUUCUGCAGGCUUCUACACGGGAAAGUACCUUAUGGAGCAGAGUAUUGCUAGGAAAAGGCAGUGAUAGACAUUCUUCUGCAAUGUGGAAGAGAGCUUUUACAAGUUUUGUUGAUAUUAAUUAGCUUGGAUAUGUAGUUUUUGAAGAAUUUGGUGUAUUGCAAGUUCUAUAGACCAUAGGGUAAUAGUUCAACAUUGCUUAAAGUGACAAGUCACUCAAUCCCCUCUUGCUUUAUAUCUCAUUUCAGCUCUUGCUGUCAUGAUUGUGAAAUCUAGAUAUUUUUACAGUGAUAUAAUGUUUGGUUGCAUGCUGGAAAGUAAACUUCUUCGUGUUCAA